AUGCCCAAGGCAACCGUUGACAGCCUAGUCGCACCAAAGUCACCCCUCGAUGCACCAGCCCUAGACGACAAGCAGCUAUGCUUCUCAUACGAAAUUGCGCGAGGAGAAAUGGGAGUCUUGUCCUUCGAACCAUACAAGAGCCUCAUCCUACCAUUCUGGGCAUUCCGGACAGUACCAAUAGCCCAAAAGUCGGCUGCAGCCUUGUGGUCGAUCUUCGAGUCCUAUGUUGAUCGAGGUGAUCUCGUUGGAGCAGAUAUGACCCGGAAAUUCAUCCAGAUGGGAAUGACUCGCGCCAAGCGGUAUGCAAACCACAAAGGCGGCCGCAAGUACGGUGCCGACGGCAAGCAGUUGGGAAAGUGGACUGAGGAGGAUGUCGACGGGAAGAGGAAGGAGAAAGAAGAAGCCAGCGAGAUCUUCAAGGGCUACUGGCGGAGAUGCCUGGCGUCCGAGCGGUAUAUCCGGCUGAAGGAAGAGUGGUUGAAGGCGAAGAAGGAGUAUUGUGAGACUCAGAGUGUGUGA